AUGCCGUUCAUCCCCAACACGCCCGAGUCUCUCCUCGCCCGCAAUGACUCCAAGAACCCUUCUACGACCUGCCGCGGCAUAACGUCAAGCGGCCGGGCGUGCCGCCGUUCGUUGGCCGCAAACUCGGAUGGAUCGUCCGCGCCCUCGACCCCACCUCGGCGCCGGCGGGGUAACCUCCGCGUCGACGACCCGAGCGACGAGUCUCUGUACUGCUGGCAGCACAAAGAACAGGCGAGCAUGUCGGCACACUCGAGUCCCGGCCCGAGGGCGUCUCACACCCCGAUCCUCGAAGAGCGCACGAGCAUCGACACGCUCGCCGACCGCCUCGGGCUGCUGGACGUGACGCAGAAGCCCUCCAAGAGGCCUGCUGCGGUUGACGGUUCCUCGGCGGGCACGAGCAAUUGGGGCGAGAAGAAGAAGAUGACAAGGCCCAAACCCAAAACCCAGAGCCUGUCCCUUUGCUGCUGCUUCACGAUCCCCAUCACAGAGGUGUCUGAAGAUCCUCCGCCGAGGCCGAAGCCGAGACCGCUGCAAUCUGCGCCGGCGGUAAAUCAAGGCGCAACCACCCCAACGAGGCCGGGGAGGCAAUCCAAUCAACACCUCACACCAAACCACUCAUCUAGGCCCUCCCGGUCAAGCCUUCCCGGCACACCGUCAAGUGGCCCACGGCGAUCGCGGCACUCAUCAACAGCCUCGGCGACCUCUCAGACUGCGCAGUUCAUGUCCCUGAUCCCGCCCAGCGCAUCCCCCGAGGUCGCCUCGCGACUGCUAGCCGAGCUCGCAAAGCCCGUUUCGGAUCAAGACGACGCUGGGUACAUUUACAUGUUCUGGCUGACGCCGACGGACGUUGAUGCCAGUCCACCAGUCGACGCCGCACGGUCCCUGCUGGCACCACCUUCAAAACCCGGCGGGCGCUCCAGGCGGCCGAGCGACGUGCUCGCCUCGUUCGCCUCGGCAACGGCGGAUCCCAAGACGAACGGCAAGAAGAAGACGAUCCUGCUCAAGAUCGGACGUGCGACCAACGUGCAGCGCAGGCUCAACGAGUGGACGCGGCAGUGCGGCUACGACCUCUCGCUGAUCCGCUACUACCCGUACAUCCCGUCCUCCUCGCCCGGCGCCAGCCCCAGCUCCGCCAGGUCGUCGGCGUCUCUCGUCCCGCGCAAGGUUCCGCACAGCCACAAGGUCGAGCGCCUGGUGCACAUUGAACUGCAGGGGUUGGGCCUGCGGGUGGCCGAUCGGGAAAAGUGCGACAGCUGCGGUCGCGAGCACCGUGAGUGGUUCGAGGUCGAUGCGUCGCGCAAGGGAGUCGAGGAGGUGGAUCAGAUAAUAAGGAGAUGGGCCGACUGGGAUGAGGGUAGGGCUUAA